AUGGCCUCUGCACCCACCACCCCCAGCGGUGGCCUCGACCGCUACGUUGUCAUUCACGUAGCCACCACCUGCGACGAGCACGGCGUCUAUGUCACCAAGGACUCGGCAGAAGUCAUCGAGCUGGGCUGGAUCCUGCUCGACUCCAAGAACUGCGACGAGGUACGAACGAACCUGCCUCUUAUCUGCCAGGUCCGUCUAACAGACAUGUCAAUCUAG